AUGAAGCUCAAUCAAACCGUCGACCUGUCCAAGUAUCUCGAUGGUGGCAUCGACCAACAACUCGCCAGCAAUAACGUCUAUGUCGAUACACUCGCUCUGCAAACAACCCAAGACUUCCCUCGCUGGAAAGAUGAGGGCGCGCUGCUUCACUAUGCCCCUGAUGGGUUUGACAAGAUCUAUUCUGGUCUUAAGGAUACGGAUGCUGCUUACUACGGGUACACUGGUAUUGCGUGGCAGCUUAUCUGGAACGCUGAUAAGUUGAAAGGCAAAAAGGCGCCGGCGGAAUACAGCGACUUCCUUGCGCCCGACUACAAAGGUAAACUUGCUUUGACUUAUCCCAAUGACGACGACUCGAUCCUCUUCCUCUUCGAUAAAAUCCUCAAUCAAUACGGCGAAUCUUGGUUCAACAAGCUCCUCCAACAAAAGCCUCGCUGGGUUCGUGGAGCAGCCACUCCCCAGACGCUUGUUCGCAACCCCAAGACACCUUACGUCGCGACCUUCACCUCAGCCAUCGGCUUGUCAACUGGCGCCGGCUCUCUCAACGCUACCUUUCCCAAGAAGAGCAACUUCAUCUCGUGGGCACAGCACACUGCAAUCCUCAAGGACGCGCCGCACCCCGAGGGCGCUAAGUUGCUGCAGAACUUUCUACUGAGCAAGGACUUCCAGAAGACGAGCGGGUUCUGGCCUGUGACAAGUGACGUCGCUCCGCCGGCUGGCUUUCCUGUUUUUGUUGAUCAAUCUCACACAGACCCUCAUGAUUUCAUGAAGUUUAUGGUCGACCGGGAGAGGGUCGAGAGGUUGAGGUUCUGGUUCGAGAAGAGACUUGGUACUGCUCAGGGUCUCAGCCCAUUAGAUGAUGAUUUGUAG